GGUUUAUACCACUGGUGACUACUUGUUGGGCUUGCAUACUACUGGCACUCUCCAUCAACUGAAGCUCGGCUACUGAAGAUGGCUUGGGAAGGAGGAAUUGAGCCCAAUGGCACAGAGGGCAAGAACUUCUACAUCCCCAUGUCCAACAGGACUGGGAUUGUUAGAAGUCCUUUUGAAUACCAACAGUAUUAUUUGGCAGAUCCUAUCAUGUUCAAGCUUCUAGCUUUCUACAUGUUUUUCCUGAUCUGCACUGGAACUCCCAUCAACGGUCUGACGUUGCUGGUCACAGCUCAGAACAAGAAACUCAGGCAACCUCUCAACUACAUCCUGGUCAACCUGGCUGUGGCCGGACUGAUCAUGUGCGCCUUCGGAUUCACCAUCACCAUCACCUCUGCUGUUAAUGGCUACUUCAUUCUCGGAGCCACUGCUUGCGCUGUUGAGGGAUUCAUGGCCACACUGGGAGGUGAAGUUGCUCUGUGGUCUCUGGUUGUCCUGGCCGUUGAGAGAUACAUUGUCGUCUGCAAACCCAUGGGAAGCUUCAAGUUCACUGGAACUCAUGCAGGAGCUGGAGUCCUUUUCACCUGGAUCAUGGCUUUUGCAUGUGCUGCUCCACCACUGUUUGGCUGGUCCAGGUACCUCCCUGAGGGCAUGCAGUGCUCCUGUGGACCUGACUACUACACCCUGGCCCCAGGCUUCAACAAUGAAUCAUACGUUAUGUACAUGUUUGUCGUCCACUUCUUCGUUCCUGUCGCUGUCAUCUUCUUUACUUAUGGAAGCCUUGUCAUGACAGUCAAAGCUGCUGCAGCCCAGCAGCAGGAGUCAGAGUCCACCCAAAAGGCUGAGAGGGAAGUGACUCGUAUGUGCAUCCUGAUGGUCUUUGGCUUCCUGGUAGCUUGGGUGCCAUAUGCCACUUUUGCUGGCUGGAUCUUCCUGAACAAGGGAUCUGCCUUCUCCGCCCUGACUGCAGCCAUCCCUGCCUUCUUUGCAAAGAGCUCAGCACUGUACAACCCAGUUAUCUAUGUGCUGAUGAACAAACAGUUCCGUAACUGCAUGCUGAGCACUAUUGGAAUGGGUGGCAUGGUGGAGGAUGAGACCUCAGUUUCCACAAGCAAGACAGAAGUGUCCUCUGUGUCUUAAUCAUGAUGACAUCCUCAAAUCUGUGGACAUUGUCCUUACUGAUUGCUUCCAGAUUUUAAAAGAUCCCAUUCAAAAAACAAACAAAAUCAUGAACUUUUGCCAAAUGGAUUUCUGGAUAUGAUGAACGGAGUCUGGACCAAAAACACAGAGGAAUUCUAUCACAUCUGUUAAUAUGUAUAAAAGGGGAGGGUAAGAAGACGCAUUUUCUGUGGAGGUUAUCUUGUACAGCAUUUGUAUGUGUGUGUAUGUGUGUGUGUGCAAGAGCCUGUUAGUGUGUGAGUGAACUCUGACUCACUGUACAGCUUGUGAUGACACUCCAGACACCUCAACUCUCAUGUCAAACUGUAAACCUGCUGAAAUGUGACAACACUCUGUGCUAUGAUGAAUGUGUAAUCACACAUGGGGUAUUUUCAUGUAAUUAUGUGGGGGAGCAUUUGUUUCACUGGUCUACCAGUGGCAUUAUUUUUAUGUAUUUUAUGAAAAAGAAGAAAAAGAACUAUAUAUGGAGUAGAUAAUAAAUGCAUGCAUGAA